CAGAGUUUUUCAAUCUGAUUAGUUGAUGGCGUGCAGGAAAACAGCUGACCAUAUCAAGACCCAACACACUUCCUGUCCAGGAGAAGACAGAGGGAGGCUACGGGGGGUGCUGGGUGGAAGGGAGUGAAGUCAGCAAUUUGCCAGCACAGCUACUGUGAAGGAGGAACCGGAGGAAAGAAAUAAGAGGUAAACUGGAAGACGUGGAAAGAAAGAAGAUUUUUUUUUUCCAGAGUCAGGAGGACAAAACUGUAAAGAGUGGAGGAGACAACAGCAGCUGUCCAGGGAAGACAAUAACCUGAGAACAAACGGAGCAGAAAGAGGGAGAGGAGGAGGAAAAGAAACGACCGAAUCAAAACCUGGACGAGUAACUAACGUGACAUCAUCACCAAAGGGGGCGGAGCUUGAGGAAAUGGAAUUUUGGCUCUGCUGCUGGUGGAGUUCCCUUUGGAUGGUUGUCUUCCUGCUGAGAAAUGUCUCCAGCGACUUGUCCUCACACCCCCAAUACAGUCUGAGCAACAGCAAAGCUUCCUUUGACCAGGCCAUGAUGAACUGCCGUCCUGGUGUUCUGCCCUCUGUGGCCACCCAGCAAGAGCGCCAGGAAAUAUUUCAGCUUCUCAGCAAGUCAAAGCUAUUUCAGGAAAAUAUCACCGUCUGGGUCGGGCUGAGGAAGUCUAAACACGAAUGUAGUACUGAUGGACAACCUCUGAGAGGAUUCAAGUGGGUAGAGAACGGUAACCAGGCCAGCGCCAUCAACUGGCUGGAGGAGCCGAAGCUCACCUGCACAGGGCUAUUAUGUGGGGCUCUGAGGCAGCAGCAGGUCCAGUCAGAAGUUACUUGGGGUUUAAUUCCCACCAGCUGUAAAACCCCCUACCAUUUCAUCUGCAAAGGGAGCGAUGCGCAUACGGAGCUACAGCUGAAAACGAGCCCGACAACAUCAAAACCCGACUCGGCAACGUUCCGUCCCAACGUCCCAAAGACAUCAGAGCCAGAAUCCUGUGAGCAUUCCAAAGACCCCAAGCAUCCCAGCAUUCGCUUCCUGGUGCCUGAUUCCAGCGACGGCAACAAAGUCCUGAUUGAGUGUUGGUCUGCCAUAAAGUUAGACCUGUUCUGCUCAGGAGUUCCUGCUGUUUGGCGAGUGCUGGAUGGCUCCCCCGCUAAUUUCAGCAUCAUCUGCCAGAAGUGUGAAAAAGGCUUCCAGAAAGACAGCUCAGGGUUCUGCGUUGACGUGGAUGAAUGCAGCACCGGGAAACCCUGCCAGCACACCUGCCAGAACACCGAGGGUUCCUACAGGUGUGUCUGUGCCGAUGAGCAGGACUCCUCAUGUGAGGAGGUAGCACCAGCUACAUCUGACAAGAAGUCACUGUCACACAUCCUGAUCCCCGUACUGGCUGUGGUUGCUGUGCUGCUGGUGAUACUGAUAAUCGUUGGCGUGGUGAAAUGCUGUUUAAAGAGGCGCAAGAAGAUGAAGACCAAACCAUAAACAACAAGGAGUCCUGUGUAUGCCACUGAGGACGUGUUAAAGAGCUGUUUGAUUUGGGGUAUUAUGUAAAAUCAACCUUUUUUGAGCUUGUGAUGUGAUUCCCUCAUCAAGAACAUACCUGGAGUGUUGCUUUGAUUCUUUCACGCAUCUUUGAGAAAUCCUUGAAUCUCCCAUGGCAACCAUUGGGGUUGUAUAAACACUUGCUCUCACAAAGUGCUACCUAAGUUCCUCAUUGAAGCUACAACCCCCAACCAAGCUUCUGCUCUACAGAGUACCCUUCCCCUACUCAACUCCUCCAGACUAGUGGCAGCAGCAAUUAGCAAACACCUGGUGGAACUGGGAGUCUGCUGAACUCAUCAUACGAACUAAGUGCAGUGCUACAAAGAACAGUUGUAAACGGCACAGUGGAGGAGCAUUUUUAUGAUGACUUCUUGUAGGUUUAGUAUUGGAAAGAUCAGGAGCUUCUUAAAGAGACAGAGGUAUCAAAUUGCAAAGCUAAAUUUCUUUUCAAGUCAUAUUUGAUAUAUGCAGCUUUCUGACAGUAACAGUUACUUGAUUGUGCUGUAAAAUGGCACUUUGUGCCUGAAUAAUGCCUCUUCAAACCUUAAGGAAUUAGAAAUUAUAACUUUAAAAUCAUCUUACCUAAUAACUUCUCCCUUGUUGGUAUGAACUGGAAUGAUUUUAUUGUAUAUUUCUCUGUAACUGAAUCUGAAAUGGGGGAAUUGAAAAUAAACUAGAUUGAAACUGAAUUGUUUUGAACAGUUGUAAAAAAAAAUAAAAUAAGAAAAGCAGCACUCAGGUAAAUUUAUCUGUAAUUGUGAUUUAUUUGUUAAAUAAAGAUUUGCUUUUAAAGCCUUC